AGUACUGGAGCUCUCGAUUAAAUGAUAUUGUUCCCUUCUCCUACCAGUUUGCGAUCGUGAGUGCCACUAUAUUUAAAUCGAAGUAUAACCCACCAUGCGCCAAUAGGGUGUUAGGGAGGGUCUGAGGAGGGUUAUGAAACACAUUAGAUUCGAGAUACAUCUUGUGAUGGAUUGUAUAUUUAAUUCGCAAUAGAUUUUUAAAAUAGCUGCUGAAAUUGGUCGUAAUUUUAAUGUGGAACAUUUCAGUUAACGUUACAAAAUGUUUCGCUCUUUGAACUUGCCCCUUAGUCGUUUGCAAACUACUGUGAAGACCAAUGUACUUAACCUCACCAAUGUGUUUCAACGUGUAAGCGAGCCAAUUGUAAAAAAAUGUGAAGGCACAGUUAUAGAGCGAGCAGGUAUAUUUCUAAAGAAUGUCGCAAUUGAUUACAAGGAAGUAUUUUCUGAAACAUACGACAGAGCUAAAAAGUUUCCCAUUAAAAUGAGUUUAUAUGCAGGAGUAAUGGGCCUUGGUGCAUACUGUGCAGCCGUGAAUCCUGAUGAAACAAGUUUCCGGGAUCAACUUCUAUUAAAUCAACAAAAAAUUAUGAUGCUUGCUGAUCCAAUCCGUAAUCCUCUACCACUUGGGAAAAUGAAGCAAAUAGAAAUCUAUUAUAAUCAAGGUCGUAUGCGAAUUUUUAGUUUUGGCAUAGUGUCAUUUAUGUGGGUUCACGAUCAUGAUGAUAGAACUGCAUUAUUUGAAGCCAGAUGCGAGUACCUGUCUCCAACUCUGAUGUCAUACCCUUCUCGCGUUGUUGAUAUUGGAUUCUGGGGAAAAUGGUGGUUGCUAUCUCGAUAUAUGGAGGACUAUGAUAUUAACCCAGAAGAAUUCAAGAAUUGAGAAAACUGAAGUAAACUUUUAAUGUAAUGAGAUCUUAAUUUUUGAAAGUGAAUUAAUUCACAAUCACAAAUUGUGAAUAGAAAGUGAAGUGAUUAUUAAGUUGAUCAGAAUUAACAUUCAACAUUGAAAUAUUUGUUAAUUCAGAAUGAUCGACUUGACUAUAAAUGAAUAGCGUGUGGACAAGGUUGCGAGUUUUGCCUUGAAUUUCCUUUUGAUUUUCAGAAGAGAAGCGACUUGUUUAUAUGUAAGAUAUUUAUAUUUCUGUAAAUAAUCAGUAUGUUGUGUUCAUAUUGCCUUCAAGAAUUUUCUGUUAUUUAUUAAUAAAUUUAGUUAACUACUUAGAAUUAUGUGUGUCAAUUGAUUUAUUAGUCAUCAGGCUUGAUGUUCAUAUGAUACAUGCUUUCCCCUACAGUUAUAAUGCAUGUGACAUUAAUAUUAGCUGCGACACUGAGGAGAGGGAGGAGGAGCAGCACAAGUUAAUGAAGGAUAACGUACGAAUAUGUUUAUUAAAAAUUUAAUCAAACCUGGUAUUGUAUGGAGCAUUACACAUUUCAAAAAUAAGUAGUAAAAUAGUCCUUUUAAUAUUACUGUUUAACUAUUUAUGUAACAAAAGUAUAGUUCCUGACUAUAUUAUUGUGACCACCUUCAAAAUUUCAUAGUUAGUUUGCUUUUCCCUCCUCUUUUUAAGUAAAUCUUGUAAGUAUCUCAGUCAAUUGAUGUUUUUGAGUAAUGAUAACUCUUUCA